AUGACUAGAUUGAAAGAGUAUUUUAAAAACGAACAAUUGAAAAAGCCUCCCAAAGCGCACACUGGCUUACAGAAAUUAAAUUAUUUGCCGGCGCCGAAGGCUAAGACUUUUCAAAUAUACAAAACGCUUUUAAAUUCUGUGAGAUGCCCAUGCGGAGUGAAUACAAUACAGCUCGUUCCUGCAUUUACAAUUGAAGUUGACCCUUCAUAUCAAACCUGUCAAAUAGGAGUGCUGGUCAAAGAAACAAUUCAGAAUUAUUCAAACAUCUUAUUACCAAAAGACUUGAAAGACAAACCGAUUGUAAUCUCACCAUUUUAUCGAGAAAGCUUUGAGCUUCGCCCUAAAAACCAGCGGAUUAUUGAAAAUCUUGACGGGCCUAAUUACAUUCUCGUGCAAGUCUCAAAGACUAAUGAAAAUUGA